AUGUACGACGCUCCGAUCCCCUCCACUGACGCCACCUACUCUGUAGACCAGACGGAUGCGUGCUACCUCUCACCAUUGACCAAUGAGGGUCCACGACCCGAGGACAAGCUGUCGCCUCUUCGGUGUGGCAACGAUGCCGGUGAUCGAGCAAUCGUUGGUCGGCUAGAUCGUCGUGCCGUACAUUAUAUAAUCUGGACCACAGAAUACAUCCAUGAGGACCGCAACCUGUGGAACUGGAUUGUCAACCACAACAACUGGGUACUUUGCUAAGGCACCAAUAAAAUAACUGAAAGGCGACAUCACAGGAAAAAAUCCCCCAUUCCUUAAAGUAAAAACAAUACUGUGAUUGAGCAGGCAAGCUUCGGCGACAAGAUCGUUGUUAUUUUCAUGCGUUAGUUACGAUGAAGUUGUUGCGUAUGCUCAAACGUGGGAAGCUACAAUGAGCGCAUCUCAGGGUUAAAGGUAAUAGGGUCAGUGACAUGACAGGAACGCUAGAACUGAUGCGUUCGAAUAAACAGCUUCACUGAGAACUCUUAUCACAUCCUACCAUGGCGGAUCUCUUCAUAUAGCCGUUGAGCCGAUUAUCCCGAUGAUUAUUGCUUUCGUGAUCGAGAUUUUACUGUUUUUUUUUUAUGAAAAUCACCUACCGUAGACCUUUAUUGCUAUGUCAGUGGUGCACCCUCGCGGGAUUAAUGCAGUUUAAGCCGACUAAUAAGGAAUGCUACGGAGUCCGCUUGCAAGCAUCAUUUGCCCACUUGUCUUUACCCUCUAACCUUCCCUUCAUUUUCUCGACAGGAGGGUCUAGUAGCAUUUGAGGCGGGUGCCGAUGAUAAUCUGCAGUCUCAAUUCCUGCGAGCCCUUGUCAGCAUCGGCGGUGUGAUCUUGGGCACAUUGGGUAUCGCCGCCGCCCUCCGAUUCGUUACUCGGCGUCUGUAA